AGUGGGAGAGGAGAGAGGGAAAUAUAUAGUGGGACCGUGGUCGGACAGAGUGAUUCUUGAAUCGAAUCCAAUUGGUUAAUCUUAAUUUGGAUUCUGAAGGCCCCAAAUUAAUUAGAUUAAUAAGAUUUUAGCGUCGUAUUAUAUAUUUAAUUGGAAAUUAACUUUCGCACGUGCUCAUCUUCUUUGUGUCUCCAAGAUCCACCGAGCCCAUCGCCCCGUUCGAUCUGUCUCGGCUCGGGAACGAAGGUUGGUUCAAUGAUCGCGAAGACGGAGGAGGUAUGUGCGCUGCUUCUUCUAGGGUUGCCUCGUGGUUUGAGGGUGGGAGCUGACGGAACCAAUCAUAGGUACGAGGAGGGUGAUCAUGUUCCCCUGUAUGCCAACAAGGGUUCUUGCAUCAAGAGGAGUUGGAAAUAGUGAAAAUGGGGAUCAUUAUUCAUUGGCAAAACAAAGCACUUCAAAUUCAGCAAAAUGCAGCUUGCUUAGUAGUCAACAUAAAUUGGUUAAGGAGGUUUCUAUUAGUAAACGUGUAAAGGAUUUUGGACCUGAUGUUGAGACAUAUUGUGAUGAGAAUGGUCUUGUUCGAGUUAGCAGAGUUAAAGGAUUAGGAAUUCGCAUGACUCGUGAUUUACAGAGGAAUUUAGAUCUGAUGGAAAAGUAUGAGCAGGAGAAAAGAAGGGGAGAUAACUCCUCAGAUCGGGUGGCUUCCCACACCAAAAAAGUUGUUGAUGUCUCCAAAGGUCUUUCUGGAAAUAAUCAUUCCCCAAGUGUAGCAAGUAAUGAAGGAAUAGGUGUAACAUUUACUGAGAAAAGUAGUUCACUCCCACUAGACAGGAGAGGUUACAUGGAUGAACUUGCUAUUCAUGGUAGUGAAGAUGCAAUUGUGAUUUCCUUCUCAGAGGAUGACAGCGGGAAGAAAGCUACGGAUGAUGAUAAUAUAUUCAUGCAAUUGAUUUUUGGAGGCCAGAAAACCAAUUUACCCUUGGAAUGUGUUCAUUCAGAUAAGAGCACAAAUGAAUCUGAAUCUGAUUGCAGUUGGGAGGAAGGUCUAGUUAAGGAAAUUUCUGAAAUUCCAAAUAGUUUUGCUGAUAUAACUAGCAGCUAUGAAGUAGCUGAUGUGGAUUGGGAGAAAGGGGUGUGUCAAAAUCCUGACACAAGUUCUCAAUUUCUGGAUAAACCUGUAAAAGAUGUUUCUAGAGGAAUGCUUCAGGAAGAAGCUGAUAUACAAGAAGCAAUAAGGAGAAGCCCUGAAGAUUUUAAGGAACAAAACUCUUCAACCAAUUCUUCAGCAGUUACAAAAUUAAUGAGAUCGGUGAAAGAUCAAAUCUCUGAUGGGGUUAUUUUGCACAAACUGGUGACAAAUACUUGUGUUCAUUUAGGUAAUGAUGCUGAGGAAAGUCCAUCAUGUAAUGAUGGACAGUUGGAUAAUCGCUGCAAAGAGGAUGAUUUGCAGAUCCCUGAUUCUUCAAAGAAUAAUCUUGAUUCAUAUAAUUUAUCUGGUUUAGAUUUGGAUGGAGAAUCAUCUCUGCUAAGUAGAAGAGAAGAUGAACAGAAUGUAAUGACUUCACAAAGAGGCAACAUUCCACCUUGCAAACCUUCUGAUGGUCACCCAAAAUGUCCAUGGAGGAAUUGUGUGAGAUCAAGGCCUAAUACCAGCACUAAGAUUACAGAUGAUGGAUCUGAAGUUGUUGUUGGUUCCUCAAAUCGUGACAGUCGCCAUCUAUCUAGAUCAAGUGUAUCGCCUGAAAGAGGAUAUAAUAAUUCAUUGUCAGGAAAUAGCUCCUUGAUGGAAGAAAUUAUAGACACUGGUAUGAAAUCACAACAGAAUAUUGCUGAGAAAGAUAAUACUAUAUCUGAUCAUAUUGGAUAUAGUACACAGAUCUUAAACAAUCAAAUGGAAGUAUCAGAAGCUAGUUUGGACAAAGAAAUCUCUCUCCUUAGACAAGAACGUGUGAACCUUGGAAAUGAGCAAAGAAUGCUCGAGCGAGAUGCUGAGUGUGUGAACAAUGAGAUAACAGAAGCUCAGUGUGCUUAUAUAGAAAUGACAGACCUUGUUGAUGGUGUUGUAACUAAUGAUUCUUAUGUCUUCUUGUUUGGAGCUCGAAGUGUCUACAAGUACAUAAUCGAUGAUCGGAAAUAUGUUGAGACAUACUUCGUGAAGGGCUCAGUUUUAGGAAAAAACGAUGCACAGGACUCUCUACAGGAGGAGGAAUAUAAACCUGAGAACUCUACUGGUGGUAACUCUAAAAGGGGUAAGAAAGUUCCGAGACAAUGGAGAGGGCAGAAGACUGAGAAAGAAUUUAUUUAUUCAGAGGAUCUGGCUGGAGAGUCACUUGUACUGGUAAAAGAUGAUAUAGAUGAUACUAGCGUUCUGAGUCUGAAUAGGACAGUUAAAGGGAGAAGAGGAAGGGGAAGAGGAGCAAGAGGAAGGGGAAAGGGCAGAGGUAGAAGCAGUCCAAUAAAGGUAGACUCUGAUUCUACUGAUGAUGGUGAUGAUUAUAAUGCCAAUGUUCAGUUGGAAAAUCACUCCAAGGUGCCUGAAGUUUUGCCAAAGUUGCGCAGUGGAAGGAAGUCAAAGGAGGAGGCUACGAGUGACUACAUCACCAAGGUUAAACACCGACUCGAGACAGCAGCAGCUGCUGCUUAUGCUACUUUGUCACAUCUUGCUCUAUGUAGUUCUUGA